CAGAGGGUCAUGAGCACGAGGGGAAACACACUGCGGAAUUUCUCAGGGCUGAACAUUCGGAAAUACAAAUUGUUUUACACGCAUUUUUAAAAUAACAGCUAAUAACAUAGGAUGUUUGAAAAAGAUUGUGCUUUCGAAAAUUUUAGCAUGAGACCUGUCAGCUUACCAACACCGGAACAGUAAAGAGCUCUGUGUCUGAUGCCCAGGGUUCGACAUCAAAGGAAGUAUGAAGACCUGGCAUGGCUACCUCGGAUAUAUGAGCAGCCUCAUCGCCAAAUGGUAUUCGUGGCUACAGGGACAAUGUCCUCUUUCAGUUAGAGCACGUGUGUGCGAUGUCUAUAAAUCUCUGGCCCCAUUAAUGCUCUAUGCUGGCGCCCUUGUGGUCGUAAUUUUGUAUGCACUUGCAGAUCAGCUUCACGACUUUGUGUGCAGAAUCUUUAUUCCUCAGUACCACUACCCAUACAUCACACCUUUCGCCCUCAUACAGGUGCUCCUAAAUGUCCUGGUAUUGCUGGGUCUGCAUUCUCUGGGUGUCGUGCGAAUCAAUCCCUUCUCUUGGAGGUUAGCCGAGCGACUUUUGGUGCCCGCUGUGUGUGGUGGUGUCCAGUGUGUUCUGGCUCUGUGGUCACGAGCGAGUGCACAUUCGGGUUUGUACCCCCUUAUCGGGCGCCUCCUUCCACUCUUCAGCCUGGCAUGGGGUCACCUACUGGGAGUCAAGAAGUCUAACAGCAUCCACUUCACUUGCCUGCUCACAGCAAUCACUUUCACCUCGAUUGCAAUUACAGUGUACAAUGGGGUGUACAACAUGGAGCCGCUGGAAUAUUUCUACUCCCCUCUAAGUCUGCUCCUACACAGUCUCUCACUGGCCUGGCUGUCCAAAGUCGCCCGGCUUGAGCGAGGCCAUACUAACAUUUUUGACCUCUACUACAACCUGACGGUGACCCAGAGUGUGUUGUUGGUACUGCUCUGUAUAAUGCAUCCAGACACCUCACGAGCGGUCACGGAUGGCAACUGGCACAACCUGCUCUUCCUGGGAUACAUGUUAGCUGUGCUGCUCCUGGGCUCGGGACAGAUUUUUCUUGUCAACCUAACAGCACUGAGGUACUCGCCGCUCACCGCGGCUCUGCUACACUCCGCCAGAGAACUCGUAAAACCGCUUAUUUCCUCGAUGUAG